GUCCUCCCCCGCGCGCGUGCGGCGAGGCCGUCACGUGGUCGAGUCUCCGCCCGCGUCCGCCUGGCGGCGCGCCUUCUCCGCCCGUCCCGGGGCAACAGGUUGACUCCGGCGCGCCGCUCGCUGUCCGCCGACCUGGGAGCUCGUCGCGGACGCAGCCUCCGGCCAUCAGCCCUCCACGUCGCCGACGACGUUCACGCAGCCGCUCCUGAACCGCGGUCCCGCUGUUCUACGUCGCCCGGAGUCCGCCGUCUGGCGCUCUAGAUCCCGGCCGGCGUCCUUGAAGCGACGCUAACCCCCCCGGAAGUUGAUCUCGGCUGCCGGCAACCCUUCCAGAGAGCCCCCUCCGCGCGUGUCGUGAACCGCGUGUUGUCGGCACUCCAUCGCCCGACCGCGGGAUUGUCUUUGCCGACUGUUCAGCUUGCUCAAGGACGAGCCCCGAGUUCGGCCCGGGUCGUUGGAAGUCGUCCGUGGUCGUCUUCGUCCGGACGUGUGUGUUCGCUGCCGCGUGUGCGUGUGUCAACUGGUCCCUCCCCCUCUCCGUCUCGCACCUUUGGUCGUUGUGGUACUUCCUUCGUCGUCGUCGUUGUUGUUGUGUUUGUGGUGCUCAAGGCCCUCGUCGUCGUCCUCGUCGUCAUCAUUCGAGUUCAUCAUUCUCGAUGUAUGUACCGUGUGUCUCAAUGGUAGCACUAGCAACAUCGUACCUUCCCAUCGUAGCCCCCACAAGUAGCAGCACCCUGCCCGUCCGGCCUGGAGCCUCGGGCUAUGCGACCUCUUCCCAGUGAAGAUCACAGCGUCCGAGAAGACUCCGUACCGGACAUUCGACGACAAGAUCUUACAAUCCAACAGCUGAGGGACCAAGUGGGCCAGGACAACGUAGCCUUACAGAUCCCGAGCGCGGAGCGGCUGCUGGAGCUGCAGCGGCAGUUUGCCGACAAGGAGCGCCUUCUGCAGGAGUCGCAGGCACAGGUCUGCCUCAAGCUGCACGAGGCGGAGGACAAAAUCUCCCAGCUGGAAAGUGCCUUGGAACAUACCCAGUGUGAACUUUUGAAAGCAAGGGGCAAGUCGGACACCAAUGGAAGUCGGUCUGAUGAAAUGGAAAUGCUCAUGACCGACCUAGAACGUGCAAAUCAGCGCGCCGUGGCGGCUGAACAGGAAUCUGUCCGGUUGCGAGACCAGCUCUCCGAAAUGGAUGCGCCGAGAGACGAGACAGCGCCGCCGCUUUCACGGACCUCGCUCGAGCAGCAGCUCGAGGCCAAGGACAGAGAGAUAUCUCAACUAGUCGAAGACAUUAGGAAGCUGCAGUCGGCAGUAGACGCUUUGAAAGAGACAAGUGCCUCACAGAUUGCUCAACUCGAAGAAAUGCUCGCGGAAAAGUCAAGGAUCAUUCAAGACCUCGAAGACCGCUUGGACAGACAGAAAGAUUACGAAGACGUCAAGCAGGAACUCAGGAACCUGAAGAUGCUGGAGGACAGCGACAACCCCGAUCCCAGCGACGACGCGGACGAAAAACCCUGCCUCGAAGGCAACAACAACUGCGUCGAUCUCGUCCUGUACAGCAAGGGCCGGGCCAGGGGCUCGCCGAGUUCGGUCAGGAACGCGUCGGACUCUGCCGCAGGUUCCCCCAGCGCCCCGCUGUCGUCGUCCUCGCGGCUCCAGAACGUCGAGGCGUUCGGUUCGCUCCUGGGCGAAGAGAUCGUGUCCUCGUUCUCCCGCAUGCUCAAGAGCGAGCAGCAGCCCCCGGGCCUGGUGGCCACCAGCCCACCGACGACCCCGAAGUCCGUCGAGGCCGACACGCUGUCCACGGGCACCGAGAGCUCGACCGGCAGCAACCCCAACCAAACUCGGUGUUCGGACGACGUCGGUGGCGGCGGCGGAGUCGUGGCCGUGCCCGACCAGGCCACCGGCGCUUCGCUGGAGCGGCUCCAGGAGUGCCUGCGGCAGAACAUGGAGCGCUACGCGUGCGAGGCGCUCAACACGCAGAACAUCGCGCGCGUGGUGCGCGAGCUGCUGAGUGUGCACAACGUGGGUCAACGGCUGUUCGCCCGCUUCGUGCUGGGUCUGUCCCAGGGCACGGUGAGCGAGUUGCUGUCCAAGCCCAAGCCCUGGGACAAGCUGACCGAGAAGGGCCGGGACUCGUACCGCAAGAUGCACGCUUGGGCCUCGGACGACUUCUGCGUCUUCAUGCUCAAGUCGCUCGUGCCCAAGAAAGGCAAGGAGGCUGGCGGCCCCAACGCGCCCUGCCGGCAGGAGGACGCGGCGGCCGAAGAGCGGAUCGCCCAGAUCCUCAGCGAGGCUCAGCAGGCCAUGAUCACGCCCAAGAAGGAGCGCAGUCCAGCGCCCGGUUCGGGCGUGAGCAGCGGCACGCAGCAACAGAACGGUUCGGCCGACGAGUCGCACGCCGAAAGCGACGGCGACGCGGACAACCACAGCACGGCCUCCGGAGGCGCGCCUCAGAACCUUAGCAGCGGCGGAAGCGUCGGGGGCGGCUGCUCGGCGGGAAAAGACGCCAAGCGGAGCAGCCGCAAGUACGAAAACGACGAUAUACCGCAGGAGAUGGUUGCGCGCAUCUACCAGGAAGAGCUAGCCAAGCUGAUGGGCCAACGCGUGGAAGAGAGCUUCCGGCAGCAGCAGUACGACCGCACCCACGAGGAGAUCCGCCAGGCUCUGUCCAUCUACCACCAGGAACUGUCGCGACUCUCGCAGCUGGCCCUGACCCCGGGCCACGAGUUUGCCCGGUUCGGCGCCGCCCUGCCUGGGGCCCUUCUCAACGGCGCCUUUCCCGGGCUCUCGCUGGCGCCCGAGGCCCGCGGCACCGGCGGCGCCAGGGGUGCGGACCCCGCGGCUGACGCCCUGCGCCAUCACGGCGCCGAACAGCGCACGUGUCGCUCGACCACACUGAACGCUCAACCCUCGCCCAGGGACUGGCACAAGCGCAGCAAAUACAGUAGCGCUUUCUCCCUAGUGCGGCCCGGCCUCAAGUUCCCGGGCAGCUCGACCCCGACCCAAAGUCCCCCCGGCCCCGGCGGAGGGGUACUGUCCCUUGCUGAGGCCUCUGCCCCCUGCGUCGCCGAAGACCUGGGUUCAUCCCCGCUGCAGCGCAUGCAGUCCAUCACCAACUCGCUGCUGUCACAGACCUCGACACCAGCCAUGCCAGCUUCUAACCAGAGGCAGGCCAAGGCUGUGCUGCCCCCAAUCACACAGCAACAGUUUGAUCAGUACAACAACCUCAACACUGAGGAGAUUGUCAAGAAGGUGAAGGAACAGCUGAGCCAGUACUCCAUCAGCCAGAGGCUGUUUGGGGAGAACGUUCUGGGCUUGUCCCAGGGCUCUGUGUCGGACCUGCUGGCUCGGCCCAAGCCCUGGCACAUGCUCACCCAGAAGGGCCGGGAGCCCUUCAUCCGCAUGAAGAUCUUCCUCGAGGACGAGAACGCCGUGCACAAGCUGGUUGCCUCCCAGUACAAGAUUGCGCCAGAGAAGCUCAUGCGCACCACGGGCUUUACCGCUGCCACCAACCCUCUGGCUGGCUCCAGCAAACUACCGCCCACGAGUGCAGCGGCACGGGCGAGGGACCUUCCCUCGCCGUCCCAGCCCCACCACCGCAACAGCCACUGCGACAGCGGGUCUUCCCCGCUGCUCUCCAAAGGGGGCUUCAACACAGCCAGCUCGGACCUCCAGGUGGCCCUUCUCCAGGACUGCCCAUCGUCGGGCAGCGUGCCACUGCGAUCUCUCUACCAACCGCCGUCGAGUCCAUCUGCCCUGGCCGCUGCACGGAAGGCCCAUCCGCACCACGGCAUGGCACGGUCUCUCGCCUACGUCCAGCCCUCUGUGUACGAGAUGGCGGCACUGACCACAGACUUGGACACCCAGAACAUCACGGCAAAGAUCAAGGAGACUCUGAUGGCCCACAACAUCGGCCAAAAGAUCUUUGGUGAGGCUGUGCUGGGUCUGUCUCAAGGCUCCGUCAGUGAGCUCCUCUCCAAGCCUAAGCCUUGGCACAUGCUGAGCAUCAAGGGCAGGGAGCCGUUCAUCCGUAUGCAGCUCUGGCUCAAUGAUCCUCACAAUGUGGAGAAGUUGCAAGUCAUCAAGAAUGAGAGAAGAGAAGCCAACAAGCGGCGUCGCACCCACGUCGACCUCGAGGUGGCUCCUCGUCCGAUGGAGCCCCACCCUGCCAGCAUCCCGGGGAGCGUCCCAGGGAACAGCUUCCCGUUUGCCCCGCCCUCCUCUCCUUUCCCCGCUGCCAAAAAGCCCCGCGUGCUCUUCUCUGACGAGCAGAAAGAGGCCCUGCGUCUCGCCUUCUCCAUGGACCCGUACCCGAGCACGGCCACCAUCGAGUUCCUCGCGGCAGAGCUGAACCUGUCUGUGCGCACAAUCACAAACUGGUUCCACAACCACCGGAUGCGUCUCAAGCAGCACGUGGUGUCUCCGAACCCGGACGACUCUCCCCGAGCCCCCGACCUGCUGACCCCAACCAUCGCGUCCAGGGACGGUGGUUCGGCGUCCUUCGACCCCGCCCUCUUCCGGGGCCUCCUGGUCCAGAGGCUCGCCGAGAUCCAGGGCGACAAGAGCGGCCUGGGUCCCUCCGCGUUCGGCGGGAACAGCAACAGCAGCGGCAACCUGAGCAUCUACAACAGCUACUCGCCGUCGUCGCAAGGCAACGACGAGGGCACACUCGACCUGAGCAUGUCGAGCCACAACUCGGCCGGCCGAAGGGACCGCGACCGGCCUGCCGGCGGAGACUACACGCCGACCGAAGAGGAGGACUCGAACCUCUCGCAGGACGAAGUGCCGACCGCUGCCGGCAGCGACCGAGACUCCCUGCACGACGAGAGCCUUGCCCGAAAGAACCUGCACAGUCACAGCCGGAGGAGAAAACCUGCCGCACCCAAGUGGGUCGACCCGGGGCUCUCGCCCGACUCGGAGGACAACGAGGAGGACGAGGACGCGGGGGACGACGAGGAAGACGAGAGCGCCAUCAUCAAUGGCGUCUGCGUGCGGCAGACAGCGGGGGACUUCAGCCUGCGGGCGCUGGCCAGUCAGACAGUACGGGUGGACCCCGUGGCAGCCAUCGAUGACCUUGCGCGCAAAAGGGUCUUGGAGAGCAGGAAGGGCGAUGAGGAGGAGACGGAGGGGGAGCAGGAUGAUGGCGAGGAAGGCGCCCUCGAACUAUGCACUGCGGCGAGGAAGCCCCGGAGUGAGCAGCUGCAGGCACCACAGCAGCCGCACUCACCGAGUGACAGCAUCAACAAGCUAGAACAAAGGCUGGACAGAGACGAACGCCCCGAGGACUGGGAGUUUUAAGGCGACCCAAUACGGGGACCUCUCGCUCUUUUCAGCCGGCGUGUGCGAGUGCGCGUGUGGACUGCGACUCGGAAAAAACCCUGCCCCGUCAUAGAGACGUUUCCCCAGAGAUCUCCGGGGACACACGUGAAAGAAACCCGGUGGUCGUGUCGGAGGCGCCCGAGACUUUCGGCGGCCCCGGCAGCAACGCUUACUCGAGCCCGGUGUACUGUGGCCUUAACUGUUUUUGUUCGUUUUGUGUCGUUCUCAAGCAUUGACGUAUGAUCAUGUACACAAAAGGAACUUUAAAGGACGUGCAGUGCAGUUUUAGAUUCCCUCCUCUUUGAGGAAAUAGCAGUGUUACGAGUGAAUCCCGGUAUCUGUGCGUGAGUGAGUGAGCGAGUGAGUUCCUCUUUCUGAAGCAAUGCCUUUCUUCAUUUCUUUUGUGAUGCAUCACCACAACAGCCUUCACAUGUGAGCUGCAUUGUUUUUUUGUUUGCCAGGAUUUUUGGCUCGUUUUGAUAGGAACAAAGGCAUUAGUUAAAGAGAUGUAGUCACGCAGUAGCUUGUAACCCAAGAAACUGCAGGAUGCAAAAGCGAAAGUGUUACUCUCGCUAGAGCCCGGUGAAAUCUGACUGACUGAGUGAAGGCCGUGUGCAAUGUGCAACCAUAUUUCAUCUACAGAAUGUGCACAUCGUUGAAGCCUCCAGUAUGCUUAGGCACACAAUCCAUUUGGCAUGGCUGCCAAGCGCAGUGUUUUUGCCACAGCGCUCUUUUAGAUGUUUGAUUCAGACAUUUGCACUCCCUUCAGUUAAUGAUGCCUGAAACUUUGAGUUUUUUUAACUUCAUUGGGUUGAUGUCAUAGAAGAAUUUUAGGCCUCAUUUUUGCUGCUAUGGGGUGCAACGCCUUGAGCAGGCAUCCAUGAUGCACCCUCCAUCUUAAAGCAGUGGUAGGAUUGUGGCUGUCCUUUUCUUUAUUUUUUUUAAAUGUUACAAGCCAAAGACGAACUAUGAAAUUUUUUAUUGACCUGUUUUUGCAGGGUUAAUAGUGCUUUACGAUCAAGGUGAAUAGAAAUCCUGUCCCGUGUUUGCUGUUGAGAGGCACCUGGGAGUUUGUGACUCUAAGCUAUUUAUUUGUCUUGGAUUCAGUCAGACACCGUUUUGUAACUGUCUAGUCCCUUUGUUCUUUCUCGUCCCUGUCACCCAUACUAGUCCACUGAUCCAACAGACACCCCUACAAACUAUUGGCUACCAGUCGUAAUUCCAUUUUACCAUGCAAAGUAGAAUUGAUCCGUCAUAUACUAUGAAGUGGUAAUGCUGCCAACAUGGUGUGGCAACGCAUCUUUCUGCUAGGGCUCAUGUGUUACUCGAGUAGCUUAUUUAUUACGUAACCUCAAAAUAACUCAAGUCAGAUGAAACGGUCAAUUACGCAGUAGGAUUGAUUGUGCUCUGGUGCUACCUAGUACUGUUAUUUUUAUAACUUUUCGGAAAGUCAAGGUUUUUGUUUGUAUUCCUGCAUAGACAAGAAUAGACGCAAAUCAAGAGGCUGCCUGUUUGAGCCUACAUGCGAUUGCUUUUUAAAUGUGAUAUUCUGUAGAAAGUUUGAUACAAAUCAUGAACCAACUAACCGUAAACAAAAUAAAUCCUAACCCGGUGAAAUAGACUAGGUGCUGUACCUGUCACAUGUUUUGAUUUUGUAACAUUGGACAGAAACAUUCUCUUGCAUUGUUUCUGACCCCCGCUUGAGGAUGAGGCCUCCCGUGAACCAUAGUGUGAAUGAUAGCCAUGUCCCAAAACAUCAGAAAGAAAACCUGAGAACAUAUUUUUUUUCCUGAGACACGAGCAUGCUCCAUGCGGCUUAUGUGUCCAUUUAAAGGAAUAUGGAACUGGGGUCUAGACCGCAAGAAACUUUAACGCAACAUUUGUUAGACAAGCUGCUCUGCCUCCUGAUGGCAUCUGUUCAUCACUUAGUAAGCCGCAAUGCUCAUGGGGACACCCGUAUCGUAGAGAGACCCUUGCCUGUUCUACUCUCAUGCGGUAGCAUUCGUAACUGCUACCCUCUCAUUUAUCAGCCUAUCUCCGUGGCGAGUGUGCCACUCUACACCUCAUCCAUGGAUGGAUUGCUCCAUUUUCCCAGGUUUUCCGAAAUCCCGCAGGGGCUCAGUGAUCUUGUGGCACGCUCCCAAUUGCUCAGUUUAGUUGAAUCAUACGUGCCAAUUCUGCAGUAAAUGAAAAACAACAACACACAGACAUGCUGAACCCUUCCCCUCCUUCUCUCUACCCUUCAAAAGCUUGGUUGAUGCGGAGUACUUAAAAAAAAAAAAGCGAGGGUACUCAAAAUUAUUUUUAUAUUUUUCACUCCCUGCGUAUCGAAGAUGUCGGUCUAUUAAACUUAGCCUGUGGUGGUGUGAGUAAUAUAAUUAUACAAGCAAAAAGGAUGUUUUUUUAUAUGCAUACAAUGCAUCUUGGGUAGAACACGAGGCAUUUUUUAUUGGUCGUCAAUCUUUUAUGUGGCUGUUUUUCUCUGGUUGGUGGUCGACGCUGCAUACAACUUGUAGGCUGGGAGUCUAACUCCGAUUCUUUAGGUCUGGAGGCUUGAAUAUGACGUGGCUGUUGUGCUACUCUAUGUGCUCUUUUUACUGUUUUUUUUUGCUCUGCAUAUAUAUAUAUAUAUAUAUAAAUAUGAAAAAAGAGAUUUGUACAUAUAUAAAUAUACAGACAAAACUGUACCAUAAUAAGCUAAGCUUAAAGCAGCUGGAAGCCACAUGCUGAUCCUCUCGCUGUCCGCAAGGCUAGAGACCUGCCGCAGGAUUGCCAAACGCUGGUCACUGCGGACUUUUUCGGAUUCAGAAUCCCCCUUUCUGGUGCUGACAAUGAAAGAUGACGGAGCACUUUUUAAUGUCACGAACCUUGUUCACACCCGUUCUCAGCAUUUUCAGCAGGACGAAGCUCUACUGGAGGCACUGUAAAUACGAGAGUCACUUCUUAGUUCCCCCUACAACUCCUCUCCUUUUCUAUGUCCCUGUUUGAACUACAAACCCCAGUGCAAGUUUUUACACAUGCGAGGAUCUGCAUACAUUAGUGGCAUUUGCACACAUGAAUGACUUGUAGCGGAGCUUCUUUUCAUGUAGAGCAGAUUGAGUAGAGAUUUUGGUUUCUAAAGUAGCGUCAGCACUGUUAGUAGCUCGACAGAUGAAAGUGGUCAAAAGAACUGCAACAUAAUGUUCUUUGACCUUGCAUGCAUAAUGAUCCCCCAUCUCAACUUUGCACCUUCAGAGUUUCUAGAGUAGAAUGUGGCCUGAGUUGUUCUUCUUGCCCAGGUGUAACCGCCCCCGUAGUGUGACCCCAUUUCGGGACGCGUAGCAUUGUCGAGAGCUGCUUGCGAGGCAGCAAUGACGUCCCACUGGACGCCUUCCAACCGGUAUGUAUAGCCAAGACUAGAGGCUGCAUUUGAAAAAACAAACCUGGCACCGAAAACAUCGGGUGGUACAGGCGAUGGGAUGAUUAGGGCUUACCGCACGCACGGUCCUUGGCAAACCUUUGGAAAUUGCAAAUUUGACGAACCUGACGUACAUUCUCCGAGAUUUUGCUUCCCCCUCCCUUCCUUUCAUUCAUGCGGAAUGUGAUACAUCAACUGCCACUUCUGUAUACAUAUAUAUAUAUAUAUACAUACAUAUAUCUCAUUGCUUGUUGCCUUCCAUAAAUAUAUACAUAUAAAUCCAUCGACCGUAUGAAUGGAGAAGCGAGAUCGCCACACGAGAGAGAGGAACACCAUGUAAGAACAAUGUUUGCCUCAUCUUGUGUGUCCAUGUCGGUAUUGCAGCGAAAACCAAAUUUUUUUCUCGGGCAGACGGCACUUUUUUGGGAGAGGCUAGGCCCCCCGCCCUGCUCUGCGCCCCCCUUGUGAUGCCACUUGCAUUAUGCUCUGUACCCUUCUCCAGUGUGCAAUGUAAUUUAUAUGCGGGCCUUGUUUUCCUCUCCCCCCACAAGCUCAUUUCAGAACCAAAGGUGUUUCUCCCUCGCCCCCUCCUUUUUCUGUCUUGUGGAGUUUGCGUGGCACUGUUUGUGUACGGUCUGGCAACCCUUGUUUCAAGGGAGAAACCCGUGUGCUUGCACCUGCCCUCAAAGCAGUGGAUGCGAAACUGUAUGUUUGAUAUUAAGAUUCAUAUUACUAUUUUUAUUCUACUUUCAAAAUAAUAAUAAAGUUGAUCUUUGCCUGUGUCUCAA